AUGGAUCCCGCAGUUUACGGUCCGGGCCCUGUCAAUGGCAACUUGUUGACAUUGCAGAACGAUCACAUGUCCGAGGCGGUGUGGAACAGGAGAGAGGCACCGGAGGAUUUGAGAGUGAGGGCCAACUUCGAUGAAUAUUGGAAGACAGUUAAAAAUAACUGGCCGCAUCACUCGAUAGUGACUUCCAUCAUGACCGCGGGUUUUGUAUGGAUUUUUAGGUUGGGGAAGGUUAGGCAUGAUAGGGGGAAGAUGUGUGAUGCGAGCAGGGGAGUCAAAACCGACUUCAAUGGGUAUGCCACAUUACUUCAGGUGUGGAUAUACGAGCGGUUCCCUACGAUAGCUCCACGACACAGGUCUCAACCCCAGUUUACUUACCCACUUGCUCUUAGGUGGGUGGCCUCCGUUACCCGUACUCAGGUGCCGCACUCUCAGAGUCGUAUCACCCGGUACGAGUUGGAUAACAUGGAUGUGGAACAGUUUUUGUGGAGGCCGUAUGCAGCUUUAGAUGAUGAGUUUCAGCGCGAUCAGACAUUGUACUUACAGUGGACAGCUCCCACCCCUUUGAUGUACAUGGCAUAUGUCGAGUGGUGUUAUACUGACAGGGUGACGAGGCAGUUUGGGUUCGUUCAGGACAUACCCACAUCCUCCCCACGUAGGAAUCAUCAGGAGUUGCACAACGUCGUCAACGAGUCCAUUAACUGGGAGGGCGCCCAGGAGACAUACACUCGUUUGUGGGAUACGUCCCUUCACCGAUCUAUGACAUCUCCUCCACUCAUGCCGGGCAAUGGUUGCUCUCCCGCAUACAUGCCUUGGUACCUCGGGGUUACACGUAGAUACAUGGUUAACCCAAGAUUCUGGACCACGGCAGAUGCUUUUCAGGGGACACAGGGCACCACACAGUCAUUGGAGGAGCAGCUUCUAGAGGUGGACUCUGCCAGUGACCCUGCUGCCCCCGAUCUUAAUCGGGCACAGAGUCUUCUACAGGGGUUGAUUGCUCGUGUCAGGGGUCACCGAGGCCCUCCCAGACGCAGAGGUCGGCGUCCUGUCACAGCAGUUGAGCCGGAGCCUGGCACUUACUACACUCAUGUGGCCAGUAGUAGCUCAGGUAUGGGAGGCUGGUCGCACCUUGUUGGCACCUCUACUUCACCAGAUAGGGAUACACCAGGUCCUUCAAGGGCGGGGGAAUGGCCCCGUUGGCCGGACGUGCCAACUGAUACUGUAGGGGAUGACUACGUAGGCGGUGAAGGUUGUUUUGUGGUUAAUUUAGAGGAUGACGAGGACACCUCUGCUGCUGGUGGGCACACACCUGUUCCUCCUCCACUGUAA